AUGGGCCUGGUGGCGCUGCAGAACACGAAGGAGACGAGCUGGUGCAUGACGCGCGACGUGGUGCGCGUCGCGUACGCGGCCAAGCCCAGCCUGGAGUUCUUCUUCUCCCCCGUCGAGGACGACUGCGAGUACAAGGCCCAGGCGUUCGAGAAGGCCCUUCGCCAGGAGCUCAGCAAACUGAUCUUCGACCCGCAGAAGGACGUGUCGCGCAUCCAGAUUACGCAGACGCAGCAGGGUUUGGACAUCUUUGCAGACGUCACGGGGCCCGCCUCGGUGGUCGAGGAGAUCCGCGAGCGCAUCAACGGCAACCUGAUGGUGGGGAAGUUCCAGGGGCGCCUCGUGGACAGCCACCCCACCGUGAUGGUGAAGAAGAGCCUGCUGAUGCCGUACAUCGGCGUGCGCGGGAAGGGUGGCGGCCUGAACUUCGCGGUCGACAUGCUGCAGUUCCGCGACGGCUUCAUCGGCACGGGCGCGGAGCAGGAUCCCAUUCCCCAGCGCAUGCUGUUCGGUAUCUUCGACGCCCGUCACAUGGCCCACUCUGAUUUCUGGCGCAUGGUGUUGCCCAAGUUCAUGCAGAACAAGGACGUCGGCUUCACCUACGAGCCAAACCGCGACAUCGCCAUGGUGCAGGUGUUCGAUGCAGGCCCCCGUGUCAUGCUCGACCAGCUCGCGCGGAAGAUAGACAAGGGGCCCACGGUCGGCCAGCAGUUCGCAAGCCCGCCGCUGCGCUGCGAGUCCAGACGGGAUUGGCCUGGGUUCACCUGCAGCGGGGGCGGCGCGACUGCGCCGCGAGGCUACAAGUCCCGCGCGUGCGAGGCCUCGGCUGCGCGGGGGAACUCCUCGAAGCCCAGCUUCGCGGCGGCGGCCACCGUGGCCAUGCAAGUGACCGCGCAAGUCGCUGGGCAGCGCGCCGAGCUCGCCCUGAUGCCGAAGAUACCCAUCAGCCUCGAGGCCGCGAAGGCGAAGGACUCCGACAUCCUCGCGAAGCUCGGCAGGGUGAAGCAGGCGGCGGCCAGCCAGAAGCAGCAGGGCAAGGUCGGGCAGCAGCGCCUGGAGUGGGUCGAGCAGUACCGGCGCCUCUCCUCGGAGGCCCGCCGCCUCGAGGACGACCUGCAGGAGGCGGCCGGGCACUUCGGCCUCGCCGCGGAAGCGGCUGCGGGGCGCCAGGCUGCGGAGGCGGACGCGGCGGACGCCUGGUUCCAGGUCGGCGGGGCGCGCCAGCUGCUCCUGCAGGUGCGACAGCGGGACCAGGAGCGGCUGGCCAAGGCGCCAGACCAGGCCCUCGAGCUGCAGGCGGUGCUCGCCAGCAUCUCUGGGGCGCUUGGCGGGUGCGCCAGCGGGUUGGCGAGCGAGGCCGCGCGGCUGGAGCAGGAGUGCGGCUCUCUGAGGGCGCCCAUCCGACGGGAGCUGACGAGUGACGGCGUUUGGUCGGUGGAGCAGCGGCACAGCGAGGAGAACCGGUGCGACCUCAGCGACGAGGAGGACACGCUGCUGGACCGCAUAGGCGACGGCCCCGAGGCCUUCCAGGAGGAGCUGGAGCGGCUGAGCGAGCAGGUGCGGCGCGAGCUGGGCCAGCUGGACGAGGAGCUCGCGGAGCUGCGCAGGAGGCGCUCCGGGUGGGACGAGGAGGCGAACUUCCGCUUCGCGUGCGUCCGGCAGCAGUUCCAGGGCCGCGGCCGGGACCUGCUCGUCGGCAGGCUGCUGCUGGAGUUCCCGCACCUCAGCCGCGAGCAGCUGCAGGCCCACGAGGCACACUGCGACGCGCUGAAGUUCGCCUCCGACAACGCUCCGCCGUGUACCGGCAGUGGCGGCGCGACCGACUGGGACUGCUGCGGCGGCACCAGGCGGCUCUGGAGGCGCGGCAGCGCGACGAGGAGGCGCUGGCCGCCCGUCGGCAGGAGGCGACGGAGCACCGCGGGAAGCAGCGACAGUUGCACGCCAAGCUGCAGGCGCGCGCCCCGCGAGGGUCGGAACAGCGGGGACGAGGAGCAGAGGAGGCAGCAGGGCCUCGAGCACGAGCGCGAGCUCGCGCAGCGCCGCCGCGCCGAGCAGCUCCGGCGCGCCUGCCGGGCCCACAGCGAGCAGCGCCGCGAGGCCGACGAGCACCGCGCGGAGGAGGCCGCCGAGCGGGAGGCCCGGGAGGCGAGGGAGCGUGCCGCCCGCCUCGAGCGGAACGCGGCCAGGGUGAAGAUGCGAGCUGCCAUGGACGAGAUGAAGCAGAGGGAGGUCGCGCAGCAGCGCGCCGCCGCAGAGCAGGAGCGGGAGGAGCGCGAGCACCGGCUGCAGCGCGCCCUGGAGAGGCUGAAGCCGGAGGUCUCGAGGAACCCCGAGCGGCUCCUGCAGGUGCCGGAGCACUCCAAGGCCGCGGCGUACGCGGGGCCCGUGGCCUGCGCCACGGCGGGCCGCGGGCCCCACGCUGGCUUCGACGAGGGGCGGUUGAUGGCCGACGCGCGCUACAAGCUGUCCGCCGCGCUGCAGUCCGCUGGGCUUUACGGCACCCGCGCUGGGCAGGAGGCGCUGGCGCGCGCGGCGGGCCCCCGCGCCCCCGUGCCGCACGAGGUCUCCAGCGUCUUCGCGGGCCCCUCCGCGGGCUACCCCCGCUGA